AUGUCAGACAUUUAUGAAAUCAUCAAUAGCCUUCCUGAAAAAGAAGAAACUAAAAAACUACAAAUCCAUUUGAUUAAUCAUUUAGAAAAAGAAGAAAUGUUGCUUCUAGCUCUUAGAAGUCACAAAAAUUCUAAAGAUAAACAGAGCCUUUUGAAAUAUUUUCUUGAGACUAUGUCCAACGAAUAUAAAGAUGAACAUCCAGGUAACCUUUGUGUUGUAAUGAUUGGUCAACUUGAACGUGCCCUAUGA